AAAAUGAAACUACUUGAGAAAAGGCCAAGAUAUUUUUGAGAAAAACGAAGAUCUAAAAUGACGUGUUGAAUAACCAAUAAUUUUCUAACACGUGAACGAGUUGAGAACUCAUUACGUUUAAAGCAUGCAGGUGUGUGUAUGUGCGUGUGUGAUAUGUAAACAAGUACCUUUGCCUAUAUAUAUUUACACCCACUCCUUUUCUAGGAUUCCUCAUUAAAAUAUUCUCUCUUUCUUUCACUUAAACAGAAGAGAGGGAGAGGGGGGAGAGAGAGAGGGAGUGUCUGGGGAAGAGGGUGUUUUUGCUCUUCUUUAGAAUCUCGAGGUUUGGGAUUGAAGCGGCAGCGUAGCGAAAAUGGGGGCCGGUGGUCGUAUGUCUGCUCCAAACGGCAAGACUGAAGAAAAGACAAACCCUCUUCAAAAGGUGCCAACCUCAAAGCCUCCUUUCUCCGUUGGUGAUGUCAAGAAAGCCAUUCCACCUCACUGCUUUCAGAGGUCUCUUGUUCGCUCGUUCUCCUAUGUUGUGUAUGACCUCAUUCUCGUCGCCAUCAUGUACUACGUCGCCACCACUUACAUCAACCUCCUUCCAUCCCCGUAUAGCUACAUUGCAUGGCCUAUUUACUGGAUCUGCCAGGGUUGUGUUUGCACUGGUAUUUGGGUUAUCGCCCAUGAAUGUGGCCACCAUGCCUUCAGUGAUUACCAAUUGGUUGAUGACACCGUUGGGCUUAUCCUUCACUCUGCUCUGAUGGUGCCGUACUUCUCUUGGAAAUAUAGUCAUCGGCGCCAUCACUCCAACACUGGCUCCCUCGAGCGUGAUGAGGUCUUUGUGCCUAAGCCUAAAUCCCAGCUCGGAUGGUAUUCCAAGUACUUGAACAAUCCUCCUGGCAGGGUUAUCACACUCACCAUCACCCUCACUCUUGGUUGGCCGUUGUACUUGGCCUUCAAUGUAUCCGGCAGACAUUAUGACCGAUUUGCUUGUCACUAUGACCCUUAUGGCCCAAUCUACAACAACCGCGAGAGGCUACAAAUCUUCCUGUCCGAUGCCGGAGUUCUUGGAGCUAGUUAUCUUCUAUAUCGUAUUGCCUUAGUGAAAGGGCUAGCUUGGCUAGUGUGCAUCUACGGCGUUCCCCUCCUCAUCGUGAACGGUUUCCUUGUCCUGAUCACCUAUUUGCAGCACACUCACCCAUCAUUGCCUCACUAUGACUCAACCGAGUGGGACUGGCUAAGGGGAGCACUGGCAACCUGCGACAGAGACUACGGCGUUCUAAACAAAGUCUUCCACAACAUCACCGACACUCACGUGGUGCACCAUCUGUUCUCAAACAUGCCACACUACCACGCGAUGGAAGCAACCAAAGCAGUCAAGCCAUUACUCGGAGACUACUACCAAUUCGAUGGAACCCCGGUUGUCAAAGCAAUGUGGAGGGAGGCAAAGGAGUGCAUCUACGUUGAGAAAGACGAAGCAGCAGCUCAAGGCAAAGGCAUUUUCUGGUACAAAAACCAGCUCUGAACUCUCUGUGGUAUUAAGGUGCUGUUUGGUCUUGAAUUUAAAUUUAAGGUUUAUUUAGCUAGUGUUUUGUGCUUUUAGGAUGGGGGGGUCUAUGUUUGAUGAAACUGAGUAUAAUAAAAGGAAAUCAAAACUAGAAAUAUAUCAGAGGAACAAAGUGCAUCCUCUACCUCCUUUUAGUAUGUAACUUUUGUGUAAUGAACUACCAGUUUCUAAUUAAGUGGUUGUUUUUGUGUCUA